CGUUUAUGAAAAUAUGCGGUUUCGUGCUAAGGAAUAUCUGUUUACAUCUGGAGGCGAUGACCCAUUCACCGCCACCUGGAAGGUGGAAGGGGACCCCACUCCGGUAUGGCUUCUUCGAUAUCCGUCCUUUCAGUUGUUGGUGAAACGCAGGAGUGUGAGUAUGUGUUGUACCUUACACUUCAUUACACUGGCAUCGGGUCCCUGAAACAUACAGAUAUGAAGGGAACAAACAAAGCCACUUCAGAGACAUCGCAGAAUGUUGACCCAGCCUUCAGAAGUAUAUGUAAAGCAUCUUGGGCUUUUCUGAUUUGGCGAGUCGAGAAUUUGCAACUAGUGUCAAUCCCUAGAGAACAAUACGGUACAUUUUACGACGGUGAUUCUUAUGUGGUUUAUGCAGCUUCUGAAUAUGGAAAACACGUUGGCCCAAACACGAAGAACAAAGAGAUCCACGGUAAAAUGGAAAUGCACAUCCAUUUCUGGCUGGGUCAAAACACAAGCCAGGACGAAAGUGCUGUCGCCGCGUUCAAAAGCGUUGAACUGGACGAUUAUUUGGGAGGAACGCCCGUCCAGCACAGAGAGGUCAGAGGGUAUGAAUCGGCAAGAUUCAAGGCAUAUUUCAAAGACGGUAUAAGGGUAAUGAUUGGCGGAGUCGAAACCGGCUUGAAAACUAUUAACAACAACGUGGAAGCCAGGCUUUUCCGUGUCAAAGGAAGAAGAAGCCCCGUUCUCACACAGAUGCCAGCCGUUUCUUGGGACUAUUUCAAUUCCGGCGACGUCUUUAUAAUCGACACAAAAGACGUCGUGUUCGUCUGGUCCGGACGUACGGCCAAUUCAAUGGAAAAGCUUCAAGCCGCGAAGGUGGCGACCCAAUUCAAAGACGAGAGAAACGCUUUGUCUAUAGUUUUCGUCGACGACGGAAAAGAACUGGAACUAACCGUACCUGAACAAACACUACUCGGUUUCUAUCUGGAACUCAGCCCGUUGGCCAAAAGAAACAUACCAGACCACUCAGGUGAUGAUUUGCAGGUUGAAGCCAACAUCCGUUCGGCAUUGAAGCUUUAUAGGUGUACUGAUGCGGAUGGAAUUUACAAAGUAAUCGAAGUAAAAACUGGCGCUUUGGAGCAAAACGAUCUAAACCCCAAUGAUUCCUACAUCAUCGACAACGGCCCGUACCACAUUUGGGUCUGGGUCGGAAAACACGCUUCGGCCAAAGAAAGGGUCGAGGCAAUGAGGAACGGCCACGGUUUUUUGAAAAAGAAAAAUUACCCCGUGCACUGCGGGAUUACUCGGGUGGUCGACGGUGGGGAGCCGAUAGAGUUCAAAGUUAUCUUCACGUCCUGGAGAGAGGACGAAAUCAGGCCCAUCAUCAAGACGGUGAAUGCGGGCAACAGCGUUAAGCACGUUCCGAUCAAGUUGGACGCGGCCACUCUUCACAAUGACCCACACUUGGCUGCACAAGAGCAACUAUUGGACGACGGAGGUGGUUCAUUGACUGUUUGGAAAAUCAGAUCAACUUCGCUGGAAGAAAUGCCGAAGACAAACUGGAAUGUCCUGUACUCAGCCGAAAGUUAUCUCAUCCAGUACGUUUAUACCUUUGAGGAUAAAACUGCCAACAUUCUGUAUCAUUGGAAGGGAGAAGACAAAAUAGAAACAGAUAAAAACUCUCUUGGGUCUCUCAUGAUGUCGCAAGAAGUAUCUCUUUCCAAAUCGACGGUACAGGUGAGGACUUACCAGGGCAAAGAGCCUCCACACUUACUUGCUGCUUUUAAAGGAAAACUGGUCGUCUUUAAAGGAGCGCAGAAAACUUCACUGCCCAAGACUUUCCUCCUUCAAGUCAAAGGAAACCAGAUUUACAACACGUCUGCCUGCCAACAACUGUUAAAACGUUCCUCACUGAAUUCCAACUGUGUUUUCAUUUUGGGAAACGAAGAAAAUGUUUUUAUUUGGUGUGGAAAAGGUUCAACGGGAGAUGAAAGGGAAAUGGCCAAAAGCGUCGCCAAAUCCAUUAGUGAUGGUGAACUCGUGGUGCUUUACGAAGGACUUGAAAAGCCUGAUUUCUGGAAAAUCCUCGGUACCGAAGGGGUCUAUGCUAACGUAAGGAGUAAGAAACUUUCAAGCAAAGUAACUUCCACCAGGUUGUUUCAUUGUUCCAAUGCGAGUAGAACUUUUACCGUCGAAGAGAUAAUGAAUUUCCAUCAAAGCGACCUGAUCCAGGAAGACAUUAUGGUGCUGGAUGCAUUCCAUACACUAUUCAUAUGGGUCGGAAAUCUGGCCAAUAAAGAAGAGAAAAUCAAAGCAGUCGACUUUGCAUACGAAUAUCUAGAAACAGAUCCUUGCAAAAGAUCAUCAGAAGUCACUAUCAUUCAAAUCAACCAAGGUCAUGAACCGCCUAUUUUCACCGGGUUUUUCACUACUUGGGACAGUAAAUUUUGGACGACGAACAAAACCUUCGAAGAUCUCAGGAGAGAACUGGACGAACAAAAACCGGCCCUCCACGUUGAUCUCAUUGUUGCGGAAAGCUUGCCGAAUUUCUACGACUGUGACAAAUACCCUGUUGAAGUUCUGUUAGAAAAAGACCCGGAAAAACUCCCACCGGGCGUGGACUUUCAACACAAAGAGAUAUACCUGAGCCCAGAAGAUUUUUAUUGUACAUUCAACAUGAAAUAUCAACAAUUCACAGAGUUGCCAAAGUGGAAACAAGACUCCCACAAGAAAAACGUCGGCUUGUUUUAAUAAUUGUGUCGAUAAUGUCCUUCUGCAAAUUUUUCAGUCCAAUUCAUCCUACAGACAAUAUUCUGAGCCAUAUAUUGAACAAUUUAAUCCAGGACAAUUAAAGAUUCCUUUCAAAUGUCGCACCAUUACAAGAAUUUUUCAAUCGCGAUAAAUCUUUUGGCGUAAUGAAAUUGCCUGAAAUUGGUAAAACUUGGCGAACUGGACCACGCGCCAUGAAAGGACAUGGAGGGAUUGGCGGCGUCCUUACAUCAAAAGUUGGUCGAUCAAUCGUCAUAUACCGAACUGCCAAUUAAAAUUAUGGUCAGACAGUUUAACUAAAAAGAAAAAGAAAAUUGGAUGUCAAAGUGCUACUUC